CCGCUCGGCUCUCUAGUGCCCAGCCGAGCUCCCCAUGGCGUGCCCUCCCUGCAUCCAUGGCCACUGUGCAGCUCCCUGCUCCUCCCUCCUCCAGCCGCGCGCAACCGGCUUCUCCUCCACGUGCCCCUGCUACCAUGGCUGGCGCGCUCUCUCUCUCUCUCUCCAGCGCCGCGCCCCUCCCCCUCCCCUCUGCUCGCUCGCGCCCGGCCGGAGCUCCCUAGCUCACCGACGUUUCUCCCUGUGCGCCGUGGCUUCCCUUUCACCGAGCUCCCUCAGCCAUGGCGCGCCCCUCUCCCUGAGUUCCUUCCCCAGCCGCGCGCUCUGGAGCACCCCUGCGCGCGCGUCCUCUCAUGGCGUCCAGUCGCUCGCUCCACAGCUCAGAUCUUGCCCAUGGCGGCUCCCCCUGCUCGGCACCGCCUCGAGCUCGCUAUGCCGUGCGCCCUGCUCUCUGUUGCUGCUCGUCGGUGCUCUGCCAUGGAGCUCGCCCGCGACGCUCGGCGUUCUGUCUGUUCGUGCUUGCCCCUGCGUCAACCCCAUCAUCACGCCGGUAUCCUGCUCGUGAGUUUCUCCUGCGCACUAUGGUGCUGGCCAGUCUUCUCUUCCAGCUCGCUCCCUUCGCUAGCCGUCCUAGCUCCAAUCCAUGGCGCUCGGCACCUACACUCCAUGGUCCUGGGCGACAACACAGAGUGUGUGGUCGCCGACCCGACAGCCGCCAUUCCCUGCUCGGUCAUGGCAACUGGCCACCGCGCCCCUGCUUCCGGCUCCCUGUCCUCCCAUGGAGCCCAGCGCCGCCUCGAACCUGCCAUGUCCGUUGCAGGUCGUUGAUCUCCUAUUUGCCCUGGACAGCGCCUCGACGCCCCAUCACAGCAGCCCGUCGUGGAACUCUAGUGUUUGUCGUUGAUUUCCGGUCAUCUCCGACCUUUGUCUCGCCAUCGUCGUUCGGUCGCCUCGCCUCGAUGCUAGCUCCUACAUGACGUCUCCGAUUUGUGUUCACUCCAAAAUCCGAGAAGAUUAGGCGUAGAAGGAAACAAAUUAGUACGCAGCCGGAGAAUUCUCGAUGUGGAAGAAGAAGUGUGAUUCGAUGCGACACUCACCAUAUAUUCGGGGAAAUGCUAGAGCUGAAAGGCGUCAUCAAUUUCAUGGUUUCAAGUCAGAAUUAAUUAUGGUAAGCUAAUUCGCCACUUCCAAUAAUUGGUUUAAUGGAUGGAUUGAUAGAUAUGUAUGUCGCGACGAUUACCCCGCUUGUAGCAUAGGCACGCGUUUAUUAGACGCUUGUUGGAAUACGGGAGCUACAUGUAGCGUGAUGAUUGUGUUCACGAUUGUGAAGUCGUCGUGUCGUGUAGCUAAGUUUAGGUUCAAAAACAUAGGUUAUGAGAGAAGAAUUAAAUCGGUGUUUCGUAUCUGAUGAGUGGUCGAAUUAACGUUAUGGAAAGUAGGUCUUGUGUUUGUGUUUCUAGUGUCUAGUCAAAGUAUAGCAUAUGGCGGGUUUCGUUUAAUUGUAUGGAGUCAGUGCCCUGUUGUGAUAUCCAUGAUGCUUUAUGCUUGUUGAUUGAUGAAAUAUCAUAGAUGGAU